CUCUCUCCCUCUGAACGCCCACCUUUCCUUGACUUGCUGUUUGCACUACUGGUCUCUCUCUCUCUCUCUCUCUCUCUCUAACUCUUUCUCAAUUAUCCGCAAUCCAUCCUCCCAAUGUCAGCCUUUGCAGACCACCCUUUUCUAGACUUUGUGUUGCAGAACGAUAUGAAUGUGAGUCAGAUCAGCAGCACUCGACCCUCUGGUUCUGAGACCAUGGUGGGUGCUUCCCCUGUUCUUCCCCCUCCUUAUGGUGCCCAUUUGGAUCGUCACCAUAACCACAUUCAUGGCCCUGGCUCUCUGGGCCAGAUUGUGGAGGUGAUGGAGGACUUGCAGAAGAAGGGUGGGCAGGAGCCCGAAAUGAGGUGCACCAAUGUUGGUGAUCAGAAGGCGAUGGACAAAAAGAAGAGGAACUCUGAUGUUUCCUGCAAGGAAACGAGGGAUGGGAAAGCGAAGAAAACGAAGGUUGGGAACAAAGCGAAAGAGGCAGAAGAGAAGAAGGAAAACGACGAUUCUACAAAAGGAUACAUUCAUGUGAGGGCAAGGAGAGGACAAGCAACAGAUAGCCACAGCCUUGCAGAAAGAGUAAGGAGAGAAAAAAUCAGUGAAAGGAUGAAGAUGUUGCAGGAGCUUGUUCCGGGCUGUGACAAGGUAACUGGAAAGGCCCUCAUGUUGGAUGAAAUAAUCAACUAUGUGCAAUCCUUGCAAAAUCAAGUGGAGUUUCUGUCCAUGAAGCUUGCCUCUUUGAAUCCCAUGGUGUACAACUUCAGUGUCGAUCUUGACGACUAUGGUGUAAAACAAGAGAGCUUGUCAGCUCCAUUACCAGCACUUCAAGAGUCAAGUUUUUCACCUUCCGCAACCGAAUCUGAUAGAUUUUCUCGAGCUGCUGAUGGUUCUGCUUUUCCCAUGACAAACAAUUUCUCCAUGCUGAACAGUCCAGACUACUCCGUUUUGCUUCGUGACCUGAACCAAAACGCUGCAUCUCAGGGACAUGGCGGUCUUGUAUGGAACAUGGAGAACCAGAUGCAGAGGUUCACUGAUGAAGGAUUGUUGAAGAAAAUGGGUUUCUUUUAGUGAAAAGUAAACCCUGCACACACACACGUUUUUCAGAUUACAAGAGGGGGGACCUUUCACGACCAAAAUCAGCAGUUUCUGAGAAGCCCACCUGAAGAUACAAGCAUUUGUUGGCUCCCAAAAGUUUCAAUGAAGUGGGCAUCUUCACCUGAACAUCCCUGUUCCUGUCCCUGAGUGUCUUCUUGCAAGACACAGGAUGGGGGACACAGAAAUGUGAAGGAAAUGUAGAAAUAAGAGAACCCCAAGCAAAAAAUAAAUAAAUAAUUUUUGCUUUCUACCUUUUAUACAUUUUUUUGUCCUUUAGUUUUCUUCUUCUUUGGUUGUUGCAUUCUCACCAAUCUACAGGAUCAUGAAGUGACUAGAAGCUUGUUAUGGGCGUCGUUCGAAUUUCCCUUUUGUAUGCUUUGCUGAAGAUUGUUGCAUUCUUUUCCCUUACUAAUCCGUUAGACUCUCUUGUGCAUGUAUAAAUUCCUCUUGGGGAAAAGGAUAUUCAGUGUAUAUAUUAUCUACCAAUCUACCAAUUGUUUCUGGCUC